AUGGGCAACUGCGGCACGCGGGAGGAGAAUGCCGUCGUCGCCGCGCACGCGCAAGUUCAGCAGCUGCACUUGCUGCAACAUUCUGCCAAGAAUGCUCUUGCAGAUAGGAAGCACAACCGGACCUUUUCAGACAUAAGUGAUCCUUCAACGCCUGGCAAAAUUGAAGAUACCAAGGACAUUUCUAUAUACAACAAUGUGAUUGCCUUCACAUUGUUUGAGCUUGAAACAAUCACAAAGAGCUUUCGUGCCGAUUAUGUUCUUGGUGAAGGAGGCUUUGGGACUGUUUACAAGGGUUAUAUAGACGAGAAUGUCCGGGUUGGCCUGAAAUCGCUGCCUGUUGCUGUCAAGGUGCUCAACAAAGAUGGACAUCAAGGACACAGAGAAUGGCUUACUGAGGUUAAUUUCCUGGGGCAGCUAAGGCAUCCAAAUCUAGUUAAGUUGAUUGGAUAUUGCUGUGAAGAUGAUCACCGGCUGCUUGUCUACGAGUUCAUGUUUCGAGGAAGUCUAGAAAAUCAUUUAUUUCGAAAGACAGCAUCCCCUUUACCCUGGGCUACUAGGAUGUCUAUAGCUUUGGGAGCUGCCAAAGGGUUGGCUUGCCUCCACAAUGCUGAAAGGCCUGUUAUCUACAGAGAUUUCAAGACCUCGAACAUUCUGCUAGACUCUGAUUAUACUGCCAAGCUGUCUGACUUUGGCUUGGCAAAAGCUGGACCAGAAGGUGAUGAGACCCAUGUAUCGACGAGAGUGAUGGGAACAUAUGGUUAUGCUGCCCCUGAAUAUGUGAUGACUGGCCACUUGACUGCUAGAAGCGAUGUCUACAGCUUUGGCGUCGUCCUUCUGGAGCUGCUCACAGGGCGCAAGUCCAUCGACAAGUCACGGUCCAGCAGGGAGCACAGCCUGGUCGACUGGGCCUGCCCCAAGCUGAAUGACAAGAGGAGGCUUCUGCAGAUCAUUGAUCCGAGGCUCGAGGGGCAGUACUCAGUCAGAGCGGCUCACAAGGCUUGCAGCCUGGCAUACUACUGCCUGAGCCAGAACCCCAAGGCGAGGCCGCUGAUGAGCGACGUGGUGGAGACCCUUGAGCCACUGCAGUUGCAGGGCAGCGAUGCAAGCUUUCAGUCCAUCCAUGUCCCUGACUACAGGAUUCACCGUAGGCUAACGGGGAACAAUGUCCACUACAGGGCCAUCCCAAACCCGAAAUGCGCCCCGGCUGCCGUCCCGGCGUGCAGGGUGCGGUGA